AUGGAACAAAUGUUUAAGCAAUUUGAAGAAGAAAACCAAAGAUUACUUAUUCUACAAGAAGCAUCAGAAAGAUCUACCCAAACAAUAUGUGAAGAAAUUCAUGAGUUGCAAGCUCCACUCCCCAAGAUUCGUAAGGUACCACAUUAUCUCCGAAACCGAGUAGAUUUCGCCAAGCAUUACUCGCCCAAAUUGGUUUCAUUUGGUCCCAUCCAUCAUGGAGACCAAAAUCUGAAGCUAGGAGAAGAGUACAAGCGUAUGUGGUCAGUGAUGUAUGUUAGAACCAGAGGCCAAACCGCAAGGGACCUGCACAAAAGAGUUCUUAGCAAUAUCAAGGAACUACAGGACCUAUUCGACAAGGACUUGUUUGCAAAACAAGAAUUCACAAACUACAAUGACGACGAACUGAGUUGGUUGUUGCUUGUGGAUGGAUGUGCAUUGCUGUAUUUCUUGGACAAUGUUGAUGAUCAGCAUCCAGAAGCACUGAAUCUAAAGCUUGAUCAGUUGAUGUAUACCUGGAGAGAUAUUUUGUUGCUGGAGAACCAGCUUCCAUUUCAGCUGCUGAGGCUCUUGUGUUGCGAUCCCAAUGCCAGCGUCAAUACCAAUGUCGACGAUCACUUAGUGAAGAGCAUGGAAAAGUUUCUUUGCACUCAUCAUUUAUGGCCAAAGCCAUGUCCUCCAAGGAAAGAAGGUCCUCGUCCAAAACCAAACAGCGUCAACUUGCCACAACAAGAGAGCACCAAAGUGGUAAUAACACCACCUGUGCAUCUGCUUGAUUAUCUUCGCAAAACCAUCGUGGAGGAUGACGGUUGCCAGAAAAAAUUAUCCAAAUCCGAUGCUAGUGUUAAGCAGUGCAUCAUCACACACAGAAACAUCCAGGAGCUAACAGCAUCAGGGAUUCAUUUGAAGAAACUCGAUUCUCGAAAUCCGAAAUAUAUCAAAUUCUCUUCUGGAGGAAUAUUUUCUUUUCGUGGCAUCCUAGAGCUUCCUGAGAUCACCGUAGAUGACACAACAGCGCCUACUUUCCUUAACUUGAUAGCUUAUGAGAUGUGUCCUGAUUUUCCAAAUGAUUAUGGGAUUAGUUCCUUUGUGGCCUUCCUUGACUCACUUAUCGAUCAACCUGAGGAUGUCAAGAAACUGAGAUCUGCUGGGAUUAUGCGUAACGCACUUGGUAGCGAUGAGGAAGUCUCCAAGCUCUUUAAUGCCUUAAGCCAAGACUUGGUAACUAGCAUUGAGAGUUAUUCUCAUGUUAGUAAAGAUAUUGAGAGCCAUUACAAAAACAAAUGGUUGAGCUGGAUGACUGAAAUUUGGAAUAACCAUUUUAGCACUCCGGUGGCUAUCAUUGCCUUGUUAGCUGGUAUUAUUGCUCUUGUUCUCACUUUUAUCCAAACAUGGUACAGUGUUAAGCAAGGUUCUGACAACCAAUCACAAUAA